UUCUUUCCGCUUUAAAUUUUGACGAGAUAGGAGUGCUUGUUCUCGAUCGAGCUAAGGCCGUAUUAAAUUUUUGGGCGACUUGCACCAUUUUUAAAUCAGAAAAUCAAAAUAUCAAAAUAAUUAACAAUGACUACAAAAGCUGAACUUGCAUGCGUUUAUUCUGCCCUUAUUUUGGUUGAUGACGACAUUGCUGUCACUGGUGAGAAAAUUUCCACUAUUUUAAAAGCUGCAAAUGUAGAUGUGGAACCAUAUUGGCCAGGUUUGUUUGCUAAGGCUUUAGAAGGCGUUAAUGUUAGAGAUUUAAUUACAAAUAUUGGAUCUGGUGUUGGUGCCGCUCCCGCAGGUGGAGCACCAGCAGCAGCCGCUGGUGGUGGUGCUGCUCCAGAAGCUGAAGCAAAAAAAGAAGAGAAAAAGAAGGAAGAGGAGCCCGAGGAAUCUGAUGACGAUAUGGGUUUCGGGCUUUUCGAUUGAAAUUUAUACAAAUUUUGUACACGUUUUAAGGUACAAAUAAAGUUCAAAAUUUAAUAAAAAAAAACUAUUUAUUGAGAGA